AUGAAAAUCUGUGGAGAAAAAAGAGUAGAAAGUGAGCUGGUGGUAACUAUUAUACAAAAAAGUUAAAAUUCAUCCUUCUAAAGAAACCUUUUUGCUCUGCUGGUGGGACUGUCCUUGUAGCCUGGGGAUCUUUAAGACAACGUGGCUUGCUGGCCCUUGCAGCACCCUGGGUCCCCCAGGCCCAUUGGCCUCUUGUGUUUGGUGAGGAGGGUAGAAAGACAAGUUCCCAGUCUUCCAGUGUGUUUUUACUCCUUAGAGCCUCAUCCAGGUUGACCUUGGGCUUCAUGUGCCUGUGGACAGUGUGCCAGAGGAAGGAGCUGAGGUCGCUUGUGUCAUGAGGGCUGAUGGGUCUUAAAAUGCAAAUCCUGUUUCAUCUGUAUAGCUUCUUCCUUUCCCCAGCGUGGUCUGAACGCUUUGGUGAGAGAAGAGUGAGACUUAGUGGUCAUGGUGACAGUGCUGAGCCGAGCUCAGUGUGUUAGUGCUGUUACACCUGUGAGGACAUGUGGACACAGUAAGAGGUGUGAUGACCGGGUCACAGAGUGGAUGUCGGGUGACCACAGAAUCUCGUUUGAACUUCCUGUGACUGAAGUCCAGAAGUCCCACGCUGUGCGUCUCACCUGUGCUCCUGCACCUGUACUGGAUGUUUCAGGACUCGGUGGUCUUUGAGGAUGUGGCCGUGGACUUCACUGUGGAGGAGUGGGCUCUGCUGGAUUCUGCUCAGAAGGAGCUGUACAGAGAUGUGAUGCUGGAAAACUUCAGAAACCUGGCCUCAGUGGAUGAUGACACUCAAUUUAAGGCCAAUGGGUCAGUUUCUCAGCAGGGUAUUUGUGGGAAUAAGAUACCCAAGGAACAGAAAAUAUCAAAGUUCACUGGAAGUGAUUCCUGGGCCUCCGUCGUAGGAAGAAUUUGGGAAGCACUUAGCCUUGGAGAUCAGCAUACAGACCAGGGGAGACAUCCGAGAAACCCUGUGGUGGAGGGACUCUGUGAAAGUGCUGACCAGCGUGGGGAAGGCCUCAGUCAGCAAACUGCGGUCAGACGGUAUGAAUGCAGGGCAGGCGGGAACGUCUUAGCGUGCCGCUCAUCCCUCAAGAGUCAUGGCGCUGUUCGCACUGGACACAAGGCGUAUCAGUGUCAGGACUGCGGGCAGGCCUACCGCUGUCGUUCACACCUAAGGACACACUUGAGAACCCACAAUGGAGAGAGACCCUAUGCCUGUAACCUGUGUGGAAAAACCUUUCCACGAACCUCUUCCCUCAACCGGCACACGAGGACUCACACCGCGGAGAAGACCUGUGAGUGUCAGCAGUGUGGGAAGGCCUUCAUCGACUUUUCCAGUCUCACGAGUCACGUGAGAACUCACACUGGAGAGAAGCCCUAUAAAUGUAAGGACUGCGGGAAGGCCUUCAGCUAUUCCUCGACCUUCCGACGACACAUGAUCACACACACGGGGGAGAAGCCCUACAAGUGCACAGAGUGUGGGGACGCCUUCAGCUAUUCCUCGACCUUCCGACGACACAUGAUCUCACACACGGGGGAGACACCACACAAGUGCAUGGAGUGUGGGGAGGCCUUCAGCUACUUCUCAGCUUUCCGAAGGCACGUGAUCACACACACUGGAGAGAAGCCCUAUGAAUGCAAACAGUGUGGGAAAACCUUCAUUUAUCUCCAGUCCUUCCGAAGGCAUGAGAGGAUUCACACUGGAGAGAAGCCCUACGAAUGCAAGCAGUGCGGGAAAAGCUUCAUUUACCCCCAGUCGUUCCGGAGACACGAAAGGACGCACGGUGGGGAAAAGCCCUAUGAGUGUGCCCAGUGUGGGAAGGCGUUCAGCCACCCCUCCUCCUUCCGGGGCCACACGAGAGUGCACACCGGAGAGAAGCCUUACGCAUGCAUCCAGUGUGGGAAAACUUUCAACUGGCCCAUAUCCUUACGAAAACAUAUGAGGACACACACCAGAGAGAAGCCCUACGCAUGUAAGCAGUGUGGGAAGGCCUUCAGUUUGCCUGCUUGCUUUCGUGAGCAUGUGAGGAUGCGUCCUGGAGACGAGCCGUACGAAUGCAAGCUGUGUGGGAAGGCCUUCUCCUGCCACGUCUCCUUACAGAAGCACAUGCGGAGGCACACCGCGGAGAAGCUUUACCAGUGCAGACAGUGCGCGAAAGCUUUCAGUUGGCCCGAACUUCUGCAGCAGCACGUGAGGACACACACGGCUGAGAAACCUUACGAAUGUAAGGAAUGUGGAAAAGUCUUCAAGUGGCCGUCAUCUCUGCCGAUACAUAUGAGGAUGCACACCGGGGAGAAGCCUUAUGAGUGUAAGCAGUGCGGGAAGGCCUUCAGUUGUUCCUCAUCCUUAAGAAGACAUGCGAGAAUACACACUGCAGAGGCACGCUACCUCCGUCACGUGGGAAGUCCUCCUGGGAGUGAACCGACGCACGGUGCUUCAGAGAAUUCCUGUCAGGAGAGAAACCUAAGUAAAGCUGUAAAUCUGGUGUUGCCUUUAUGAGUACCUCAUCCUUAAAGUGGACCCACAGAGAGUGUAUUUCCAGUUCUUUUGCAAAUGAACAUUCAGAUGAAAAUAAAUUGUCAAAGUCCUCAGCUCUAGUACAUUUUGCAGGUAGUGUUUUUUUCUCAUGGUUUAGGAAAUCUAGUUUGUUGGAAUCAUGGGUGACUGGAAGUGUAUUUUCAAUAUGUGAGUAGUUUAAAUACCUUAGUUGUUUAAAUUGCUCUCUGAGGGGUUAUUGGAAUAGUGACACUGUGGUACUUGGGAAUUUCUUACUGGCAUGGUGUGGCGGCUGCUGGAUAAUCGCCCGUGGUGUUGAGAGUCUUUAUUUAGGCCCGAGGAGGCUUGUUCUAGUUUUCUUAUAGUCGGCAGGAAUGUGUAAUUACGCAGAGUUGCGUGUGAAUUGUUACUUUGAUCGCUUCCCCUCUGUGCUGCCCUUGCUUGUGGUUGGGAAUUGAACAACAGGUUUUCACUUGAGACCCUUGUGAUGUGACCACGAGACAGAGUUUGGGACUGUGUCGUGUCGGCAUGGAUAAUGUUGGGAUCUGCACUUCCCAGAACCCCUUCCCACGAUCCUGCGUCUGACUUCACUGGCAGCCUGUCGGCAUGAGACUUGGAAGGGCGGGUGUGAAGCCAUUCCCAAGCUUCUGGAGUCACAGUAAAGUAUCGUGGAGAGAAGCACAGGGGUUUCCUGGGCGCCAGCUUUCAGCCCAUCUGAUCAUUGGCUCUUUUAAGAGUAUCAUGAAAAGAAGUGCCAACGACUUGAUUUCUGUUUUUCUCAGAGCUGCAGGCUCCCGUAAGUAUCUCCGGGAGCUCCAUGUGAAGGGUGUGCUCAUGUGGUCAGGCACUCACAACGUGGGUUUUCCCACAAACUCGCGCGUGUCCUGCAGCCUCGUUAGUGAUCUCCGGUGCUGUGAGCCCACUCCUCUAGACGCUAACGUGCUUUGUAAGUCUAACUUGUACAGCAAACUCCUUUUUCUCCGAACUUUCAGUGGCUCUCUGAUCCUGAUUCUGCCACGAGAGCUACACUGUUGCAGCAAAACAAAGUGACACACGGGACUUUGUUAGCCCAUCAUGCUUUGUGACGUGCUGACUCAGUCCUUCUACGCGAGAAACUCCUUCCUCAUAGGUCGGGGAGACGUCUGUUACUCAGAACUGAAUGCAGCUCCUUGAUAGGUGUUUGAUUGUCAUGUUUGAUUCUGACUCAUUGCAGUGCGUUUUCUUUGCAAGCAGGAUCUUUGCUUCUUAGAAACACCUUGCGUACUGUGUUUUCAAGUCACUUGUAUACUGUUAGCUCCUUGGGGCUGCUGGAAUGAAGCGCCGCAACGGGGCGGCUUCGGACAACAGGAAUCUUUGUCCCGCGGUCCGGGAAGCAGAAGCCCCAGGCCAGGCAGAAGCCCCAGGCCAGGCCGAAGCCCCAGGUCAGGCCGAAGCCCCAGGCCAGGCCGAAGCCCCAGGUCAGGCCGAAGCCCCAGGUCAGGCAGAAGCCCCAGGUCAGGCCGAAGCCCCAGGCCAGGCAGAAGCCCCAGGUCAGGCCGAAGCCCCAGGUCAGGCCGAAGCCCCAGGUCAGGCCGCUGGCAGGGCUGCGCUUCUCUGCAGGCCCUGGGGAGGGGGCGUUCCCGCGCCGCCCACGUCUGCUAGUUCGCUGGCUUGAAGGAAGCGAUGCUGGUCUUCACACAGCCUUCUGCCCGUGUGUCUGGCUCCUCACGCGUGGCUCUUCUUAUAAGGACGCCAUACAGAGUGGCUUAGGGCCCAUCCUAUGCCAGUAUGACCUCCUCUUAGCCCAUUACACCUGCAACACCCUAUUAUCAAGUAAGUCGUGUUCUGCAAUACUGGGCCUUCAACGUGUGGAUUUGGGGGAACACAAUUCGACCCAUAAGACUCAUAAAUGUUACUCUCUUUUUCACUUACUGAGAAUAUUUUUAAAUAUUCCCGUUGCAGUUAUGGAUUUCAACCAAUUCUGUUAAAUUUAAGCAUUAUACAUUCUGAGUCAACAUUACCUGGUCUAUACACGUUAAGGUAUUUUUUAUCAUGUAAACUUUAUUUUUUAUUGUUACAUACUUCAACAUUUGUCACUAAUGGAUUGCUUAUUGUUAACAGUAAAAACUGAAGUAAUGGUUUUGUCAAUGCUCUUCAGCCAAAACCCACUGGGCCCACACUGGUUUGAUCAAAGAAAAUUGGGUGUAUUGAGUUAAAGCAAUUUGAAUGAACACACAGUGGGGCUAUCAGUCAGAGGUUGUUUAAAAGAAUACACUUUUGGAUCAGGUUUAUGUUUGGUGAGUUUAGAAGGCAUAAAUGAGCUAUGUUAAAACUGACUGGUAAGCAAAAGCAGUCAGUCAUACUACCAAGAAGAGGGGAACGGUUAAUCAUUUUUGUGGUUGGGAGGUGAGCUCCAGAACAUGAAGUAUCAACUUGAGUAUGGUAUAGUAGAAAAGAAGCUGUAUUUGACAUUAUCAAACAGGAAAAAAUUUAAUAUUUUAUGGGAAGGAAGGAAGGGUGAAGCUUUUUGUUGUAAUGAUCCACAAAGCUCCAAGAGCCCACUUUACUUUUCACAGGUAUCAUUUCCACCCUUGUGGACUUCCAGCACUAGCCAGGGAAGGAAAAAAGUGUAGCAGUGUAACACCUUAGUGUUGUAAUAAAGACAGACAAUAUCUAAGAUACAUAAUUCUACAAUUUUUUCCAUGCUAACUUAGUCCUUCGUAGCAGUGUCAGGUUUGGAAAAAUUUUAUAUUUGCUUAAUUUUUAUUGGGAACUGUUGGAAAUUUUGAACACUGGAGGGCAAGUGUAAUUUCUGAGAACUCAUGGCACUUACACUUAGUGAAUUGUACUGCAUGCGUAUUAUAAAUAAUAGAAAAAACAAUAAAACCUUCGUUUGCUAAGGGAAAUUUUAAA